CUUAAAAACCUAAAAGGCCCAUCUUUCCCUCAACUACUCUUCUAUCUCAGAGCACUAGAGCGGAGAUCUGGUGAACAGCUAUAAUCCAAACCCAAUUUCUUUCGGUAUCUCGGUCGCUAUAAUAAGGCAUGGCGACGCUGCCACUGAAGGCUGUGAUGCUGACCGACGUGCGGUACCAGAGGGGGGAUCCGCUGGGGCACUUCCUAGCGUGGGUCUCGCUAGUGCCGGUCUUCAUCAGCCUCGGCGGCUUCAUCUCGCACUUCUUCUUCCGGCGCGAGCUUCAGGGCAUGUUCUUCGCUCUGGGCCUCAUAAUUUCGCAGUUCAUCAACGAGUUUGUCAAGACAUCGGUCCAGCAGGCUCGCCCCGAGACCUGCGCUCUGCUCGAGACGUGCGACUCUCUCGGCUGGCCCUCCAGCCACUCCCAGUACAUGUCCUUCUUUGCUGUGUAUUUUACGCUGUUGACGUGUAAAGGGAUUGGGUUCUGGGACACAACGAACAAGUGGGUUGUGAAUUUUUGGCCUUGGUGUCUUGUAAUUUUCACUAUGUAUUCUAGGGUGUAUUUGGGGUACCAUACUGUUGCCCAGGUCUUCGCUGGGGCUAUUCUGGGGGUCUGUCUUGGGGCCCUGUGGUUCUGGGUUGUGAAUUCUGUGCUUUCCGCUUACUUUCCGGCCAUCGAGGACAGCGCUUUUGGGAGGAUGUUCUAUGUUAAGGAUACGUCACAUAUACCCAAUGUGUUGAAGUUCGAGUACGACAAUGCCAGAGCUGCGAGGAAAAACAUGGCUUCCAAGGAACCAUGAAAUUCUUCUGGGUGGAUAUUGUUUGUUUAGCUUAAUUCAAUGAGGCAAACCUAUUUGCGAAUUUGAUCGUGCAAUCCAGCUUUUGUAUAGUGGACGAGUAGAGCACUUGUUAUUUGAGAGUAUAUUCGCAGGUCAAGUUUAAUAAGAGAUGUAGUCUAGAAUCACAUAGUGUAUGCCGCUUGGUAGGCCGUCUUAGGGAAGACCCUCAGCAUGGGCAAUCUAAGGAAACGACAUAUCAUUGUAGUCGAGUGGUGUUCCAUGUAUAAAAAGAGUGGAGAGUGAGUGGAUUAUCUUCUUCUCCACUAUGAGUUCGCAAGUGCCCUUUGGAAUACAUUCUUUAGCAGUGUAUGGUUUGGCUGGGGUUAUGUCUGGAAGGGUGGUAGACCUCUUUGCUUGUUGGAAAGUGUCAGGGGUAGGUCUCAACUUGACGCAGUUUGGAAGAUGAUUCCGCCUUUGCCUUAUGUGGUGUAUAUGGAGGUAAAGAAACGAUCGUAGCUUUGAGGACCAUAAGAAUACUUUGGUGGAGUUAAAGGCUUUAUUCUUUAAGAGUACUCUUUCUUUGGGCUGC